AGACUUUCCGAGACGAGACUUCGACAGCAGGUCAGACAGGCAGCUGAAACAUGGCGGAGGAACGCGGCCGGAAGUGGGAUCGGUGUCUCGCGGACAGUGCUGUUAAAUUCGUAACUGGGCUCAGCGUUGGUGCUCUGUUCUCCGUCCUACUUUUCAAAAGACGUGCAUGGCCCAUAGUGUUUGGAGCAGGAAUGGGGAUCGGCAUGGCGUGUUCCAACUGCCAACAUGACUUCAGAUCACCGUACCUGCUGCACGGACAUGUGGUGAAGGAUCAGUAGAUGAGUCCUGUCUCCUCUUCUGCUGUGUCUGACUGUUGUCGUGUGUGUGUGUGUGUGUGUGAGAGAGAGAGAGGGGGAAUCUUUAAUAAAAUUAAAAGAACUGAACAAGAAA